GUACGCAGUUUCGACUUGCGAGAUCAAGCAAUUGAAUCUCAAAAAAACACCGUUUCCAAAAAUGAACUUUAUUACCGUCGCCGCUCUCGCUAUCGUUAUGGUCUUGGCACAAGCCAACCCUGCCCGUGUUCGUCGCAAUGAGGAGAUGUCCGAACGUUAUUGCAUCAAGCAUCUUGACCACUACAACAAAUACUGUGGAGACAACGCUGGACCAAUUGACCGUGCUCUCUUUGGAAAGGUUGCCAAGUUCUGCCCAGCCUACGAAAAGCACUGUGCCGUUGGAAAGGCCGGACUCGUCGAGCUUCCAGACCUCGGCUCACCACUCGUUAUGCCACCAGUCCUUCCAAGAGGAUCCGACUUUGCCAGCCUCGAUUUGCCAAUCGCCGAUGAGCGCAAGCCAGCCCACAUCCACUCCUCAAGAACCGCUCCACAGACCACCCGUCUCACCGCCGCCAUCGUAGCCACCUGCACUCCAGAAUGCACCGCCGCUCACUGCACCGACGAGUGCAAGUGCGCCCACACUCAUCCAAAGGUCCAUCAAAUGUGCAACCCACCAUCUUCCGCUGCCAUGGCCGAGACUUGCCAACGUUGGUACUCCAAGUGCACCAUGUUCACUCCAGUGCAGUAUUAAGCGUUGUUGUUAAUAUUGUAAAUAGCAAAGCCGUUCCUCUAUAGGGGGCCUUUAAGACAUGCAAUCGUUUUUGCCUAGGUGGGACCUACCUACUUUUAACAUUUGUUUUUUUUCUUUUCUCACUCCUCCCCCAAAUUUCCCUCUAAUUGUUUUCUAUGAGCUCGCACCCUAGUGCAAUUAUUUAAUUUUUUAUUUUUUUUUCUCUUUUUGGCCCCUCCUACCGAUUCGCUAAGCUAUUUAAGAUCUCGAUAUCUUGAAUCGUGUACAUUUUUCGAAAGCUUAUUAAAAAAUAGCUAAAAUAGCUAGAUAACUGGUUAAUCAGUUAUCGCAGCGAAUUGGAUGGAAAGUAUCGCUGGAUAACUGAUUAAUUUCGUCCAUACCUCCGCUUAUGUGCUCUUUUGUGCUUCAAUCCUGAAUUUACCUGAUCCGUAAAUGAUUUGUCUCAGUACUGUGUACCCUCCCCUGAAAAACGUUUGGCCCAGUGCUUGAUUUUCUGAUUAAGGAAUUCAGUUGAUAACGUUUAAUAAAGACGACUCUUCUCUUUC